AUGAGUGACUUCAAGGGACACUGCCACUGCGGCAACACUGAGUGGACUGCCAAGCUGGAACAGGACCAGCAGGCGCACAUUCUCUGCCACUGCGACACGUGCAAGCAGCUCUCCGGCUCCACCUUCACCCUGAACCAGAUCAUCCCCGCAAAGAACCUGAGCGUCACAAAGGGCGGCGACAAUCUAGGAAAGUACACCUACAAAGGCGACUCCGGCAAGGGCGUCCACUGCUACUACUGCAAGAACUGCACUUCGCACGUGUACCACGCGCAGGAAGCGCUGGGGCCGGACAGCAUCGUCCUUCGCACGGGUCUGCUGGACGACGGCAUCAAGAACUUUAAGCCUGCCGCGCAGAUUUACACCAAGGUGAGGCUGCCGUGGGAGAAGGAGGUUGCGACUAGCUUUGAGGGUAUGCCUCCUUCGUAG